ACGCCUCCUCGGGUAAAUCUAGAUGGCCUUAUCCAGCCCCUUGGAGGACCUCUUUUGCAGCUGCAAAAACGCCGGUAUCAUGUGUGAGAUUAGACAAGUCAGAUUGAGUGUAAGGGCCUAGGUCAGGCCAUGGGUAGGUCGCUGGCACAUGGGGGCAGAUAGAUCUAUUUCAAGAUUGGGUGACCGAAUUCACAGCUGGUGUAGGGUGGGUCCAGAUGUCCAUGACCAGGCCUGGUUGGCAGAUUGGCAGAUUGGUACGAGCGGCUGGAGAGAGCCUGCCAGGCUGCAUGGCCCGUGCCCCAAGGCGGGCCCUCACUGCCUCAUUGAACGGCUGACGUCUGUUGAAGCCCAGAUGGCAUGUAUCCUGACUGCUGUGCCAGAUAAGACCCAACAGAGUCGCAGCUCAUCCAAGCUCACAAAACGGAUGAAUGUGGGUUGUUUGGGGGCCAGAGGGCAUUUUGAAACCACCGACCGACCGUUCCAACGGAAUUUAGCUCCUCUCGGCCCCAAAGCUGACCUCGAAGGCUGGCUCCCAGCCUGCCAAUUACUAACAGGGGGUACAUCGUAGGCUAAUGACCCUCCCAGCAACCGCACUCCAGCUGUUUGGCUACCUAGUGCUGAACCUCAGCAUUGGCUGGUAGCCUUGUGACCUCUUCUUCCCGACUGACUGCCCCAACGGCUGCUUCCCAACACCAGAGACGCAUCAACACCCACCUCGACCUCAUCCCUACUCACAAACGGACGCCUGGCCAUACCCGGCAGGUAUUUGAUCCACCACCACUCAUCUCUGACGGGCUCGACCCUCGGCCCUGGGCCAACAACCUGGUACCCUCCUCCAAAGCAGCACGACCAAUCGGACCACCACACCUCGACGAGUUACGGUCGCGGGUGCCCUUUGUCAACUCGAUAGCAUACCGUUUUCCCUGCUUCACCUUUCCUCGGAUGCCCCCCAGGGCACUACGGCCUCGACAUGGCAGCACGGAAACUGGCGCAGGAGGUCGACAAGACCUUCAAGAAAGUCACCGAAGGCGUCAUUGAAUUUGACGAGAUAUACGAGAAGAUCGAGCAGUCAAAUAACCCGGCACAGAAGGAAAAGCUCGAAGACAGUCUCAAACGGGAGAUAAAGAAGCUGCAGAGGCUACGGGACCAGAUCAAGACAUGGGCUGCCAGCAACGACAUCAAGGACAAGGGUCCAUUGAUAGAGCAGAGGAGGACGAUUGAGACGCGGAUGGAAAAGUUCAAGGCCGUGGAGAAGACGAUGAAGACAAAGGCGUUCUCGAAAGAAGGACUGUCUGCUGCUGCAAAGCUGGACCCUAAGGAGAAAGCCAAGCUCGAAGCUAGCGACUUCCUCGGCUCGCAGAUCGACGUACUGGAGGAACAAAUUGAGAAGAUGGAGGCCGACGUGGAACAAUUACAGGCCGGCAUGAAGAAGGGGAAGAAGGCCAAGAAGGAUGACGCGGAGGCGAUAGCCAACAUCGAGAACGUCAUCGAGAAACACAAGUGGCAUCAGGGCAAGCUCGAGCUAAUUCGGAGGUCCCUAAUGAACGGUGGUGUCGAGGCAGAUCAGGUGUUUGAUCUCAAGGAUUCCAUUCGGUACUACGUCGAGGAGGGCACGUCGCAGGAAUACAUGGACGACGACGAGAUGUACGACGACCUGAAUCUCGAAGAGGAAGAGGACGUGUUCGGCAUGAACCAGGAGAACGACAAGAUCUCCAGUCAGGACAACCAGUCUGUGGCAGACGACGUGACAGAAACGGAGGGCAGGUCCUCGAGUGCCACAGCAAAAGGAAAGGAGAAACCAUCGGCAGAUGCUGGCAACCCAGCAGCGAGGAAGCCGUCGUCUCAACUGAAAUCACCACUGCCGACACUCGCAACGCUCUCGACCCCGUCGUUACCUACCAUCAGCGGCCCAAUACCGGGUAAUAAUGGAAUGAAACCGGCGUCCGUGCCAACGAGACCACCCGGGGAGGGCCUGAAAUAUGCGUCUGCGGCAGCGGCGGCAGCAGACAAGAACAACGUGGGGAUCGCGCCGCUCCCACCCCCGCCAAGUGCGCACCCUGCGGUUGGCAUUUCCUCGGUAGCGAACCAGUCGAAGACGAGUUCAACGAGUUCACCGAGCAUCUCGUCAGCACAGAUAGCGGCACCUCAGCCACAGCAGGCGGAGGCGAAACACCCACCGGCCGCGCCUGUUGCAGCCGCGAGUGCUCCUACACCCGCAACUUCCACGCCCAAACCCGAGGCCGCGAAGCCUGCGCCCGCGCGUGCGACAGGCAAGGCGUCGGCGCCUGCAGAGCCAGCUGAGGCAUCGACAGCACCUCAUACGAACGGCGUGGCCAACGGCGUCAAGUCUUCCGAGCCAGGGUCGGAGGAGGAAUCCAUAUACCACCUCCCGUCCUCUCUGGACGACCUCGUCGAGUCGUGGGAGGCAACAAAAUCAAAUCCUAUCGCACCUGCCACGUCGCCUGCGGCGCAGCGAUUGCUGGCGGCUUCUAGGAAGAUGGCGCCCGACGUUGCGGACGCUGAGGCGCCUCGCAACUACUACCCCGAAAGCUACUGGAACACGAACAAGACGUGGCCCAAGGAGCCGCUUCAAAUCAUGGACAACCCCCAACUGUACCAGCCGACCAAGGUGGACAAUGAUACCCUGUUCUAUGCAUUUUACUACAAGCAGGGCACGUAUCAACAAUACCUGGCCGCCAAAGCGCUCAAGGACCAGGCGUGGAGGUUCCACAAGCAAUACCAGACGUGGUUCCAGAGGCACGAGGAGCCCAAGAACAUCACCGAGGAGUUCGAACAGGGCACAUACCGAUUCUUUGACUACGAAUCGACGUGGAUGAACCGCAGGAAGGCCGAUUUCAAGUUCGCCUACAAAUUCCUCGAGGACGAAGUCUAGAAGAUGGCAGAGGGUGGGAUACAGGCAGUGGCCCAGGCCCGGACGGUGGUUUACAGGCUGAUGUUUACAUUAAUGCCCCGGCAACGACCAGCAGGGGUAGGCUCCGCACUCGGGCGGGACUGCUGGGGAGGACGGCGGCAUCACGCUGUUGUUGCUCGGCGGGCGGGUCCGGGGAGGCAGGUAUGUUCUGUCGAUGAGCCUGGUGCGAUGGGGAACUGGUGUCCAUUCGCCUGUCUGCGGGGGAGGCUGGGGGGAGCCCCGGGAUGCCAGUUCCGGGAUUUUGUACGUGUGUGUAUUGGCGACAAUGGGUCUACAUUGCAAGGCAACGGAGGCGUUGAGGCGACACGCGCACUCUAGGACAUCAUACCAACAUGCAGCUAGACAAGGCAGGAGGUAUAUACGUGCGUGUCAGAGCCUCCGGUCUCCCGGUCUCAUUCACAGAAUAUGAUUCAUGCCGCUUGCUGCCAGCAAAACAACAUGUCCCCCGACCAGGUGUAUGUGGACGGAGACUAGACUGCGACUAGACUGCGACACCCACCGCGAAUCCGUUGCUUGCAAGCUCAUGCUUGCUGUCCUGCCUCACUAUCGAUCUGCCUGCAUGCAAAGCCCAAGUGGAUGGAUGCACUGGUGCCCGACGCACGCAGCUGGAGCAGAGCAGGCCCAAGUCAUCUCUUAUAUGUUAUGAGGUCCAUCCGGUUGCCUUCUUAUUUUGCCUCGUGUGGCUCCAGCUGCCUGAUCGAUCUGCCGUGUUC